AUACAGGUACAGUGAGCUUCCGACAGAGCCAGUAUCUGGUCAUAGGAACAUGACAUCAGUAGAAGCAGAGGACAUUGAAUCCUCACCUAACAAAUACGUCAACCUUCGUCUGAACAAUUCAUCAGAGACUGGGGGAACCGGAAGAGAGGUUCCAGAAGACACUGGGAUCCAGAGUAACAUACAGCUGGAUGUAGGAGAGAUUGAGGAAUCUGAUGAAUUCAAAAACACGACAAUUCAAAAACUUUACAACUGGUACAAGGGUAUUUUUGUUGGUUCCAUAACGGAUUCAGAGGUGGCAGGCAUGAUCAGCGCUUACGGAAUGUCUCUCAAGACUUUCCGCGGUCACCAUUACAUUCUACUGUUCCUGUGUAUAGUGAUAGUGGUAGCAGUGACCCUCUCCAUCACAAUCACAUCCUUAAGCAAAAGUGUUCACAAGGAAGGAAAGCCUCACGUGGUAUUGGUUAUCGCAGACGACAUGGGCUACAACGAUAUCGGAUACUACAACCAGUUCGGGGACAUUAAAACUCCGCACCUCGACAAACUUGCAACGGAAGGAGUAAGACUUGAUAGAUACUACGGACAGUCUAUCUGUACUCCAGCUAGAGCAGCACUCUACACUGGACGAUAUCCUUAUAGGUUUGGUCUGCAGGGAGCUAGACCUAUUUUGUAUGGUGCCAAGUUGGGUUUACCAACAGAGGAAAAAAUUCUACCCCAGAUCAUGAAGGAAGGAGGAUAUAACACUUAUUUAGUGGGGAAGUGGCAUCUUGGUUAUUCUAAAUGGGAUUACACCCCCAUCAAGCGAGGAUACGAUUACUUCUUUGGGAUGUACGGAGGAUUCUCCGACUACUUUACACACAUAUCCGCUGAACCUGAGAGCCCUGAUAACUCAGCUUUUGAUCUUCACGAACACUUUGAGAAGGAUAUUCAAACUGAUGGGACAGUUGAGGAGACGGAUAAACAGAAUAUAAAACUAAUCAAAGAUACGUGGCUGGAGUAUUCAGAGAAGCUUUUCACAGAUAAAGCAGUACAAAUAAUCCAGGAUCAUGAAGCCGAGAAGGGGUCACUGUUCCUAACAGUCAGCUACAUGAACCCUCACAGUCCACUUCAAGUCUUAGAGGACGACCUGAGGAGGGUCCCUUCAAACAUCACUAACGAAAUAAGGAGAAAGUUCUCAGCUCUGAUGGUUAGUAUGGACACCGGAGUGCAACAGUUGACUGAAGCUUUAAAAUCUAAAGGAAUGUACGAUAACACAAUCUUCAUCUUCACCGGUGACAAUGGAGGGGCGGUACAAGGACCAAUAAACAGCAACAGUCUGGGAGGAACCAACUGGCCUCUAAGGGGCUCUAAGUGGACUGUCUGGGAGGGAGGGGUCAAAGUGCCAGCCUUUGUUCGGGGACCUGGCAUAAAGCCAGGUGUGGUAAGCACUGAGCUCUUCCACAUCACUGACUGGCUGCCAACAAUAGCCGGUCUGGUCGAACUGGAGACUAAGUUAAAGCUAGACGGAGUGGAUCAGUCAGGUUUGCUACAAGGAACCACUAACACAAGUGCCAGAGAAGAUGUGAUCCUAGAGCUAGAUCCAGCUUACCAACAAGCAGCGUACAUUAAAAAUAACUACAAAUUAAUUGUGGGAGAUCCAUCACCAAAACCCUACGAUGGCAUCUACCCUCCACUACAAGAUAAAGGUGCAACCUGGUAUAAAAGCUUUGAGAACACAACGUUAAACCCUGAUGGACGUGAUAUGUACAAAGAAGUCAGCCGUGUUUGUGACCAAAAGAUAAUUAAAUUUGGGGAUAAUCUGAAAAACAAGGACUAUAACUUCAGAGACAUAAAAUCUAUAGGUGAAUUUGAGCACUCUCAGAUACGGCUCUACGAUCUUUCAAACGAUCCAUCUGAAAAACACGACCUGUUCACGGAACAGGAACGUUUUAAGUCCCUCGCAAAAGAAAUGUAUGAUUACCUGGGACAGCAGACCUUGGAGAUGUCCGAGUUAGUAUUUUUCGUGGGAGAUAAGUACAGAGAUGUACCGAGUGCUUUUAAACCUUACACUGUUGAGCUGGAGGACAGGGACGAUAAAACUAUUAAUAAGUGGAAACCAUGGUUACCAAAUAACUAAUGCAAGUCGCUGAAUUUAUCAUAUUUUUUAUUGGAAUUAUAUAAGUGGCUAAUCAGUUGCAAAUACCAUACAGAUUGUCCCCGGUUGCAAAAUCAUAAAUACUAUGUUCACAACAUAACUCAUUAUAGAGGAUUCCAAUAAUCAGAAAUGUAUUAUUAUAUCCCGGUAAAUGACUUAUACUUUCAAUGCAAUAAGCAAUUGGCCAACGAUUCAUGUUUCAGUUGAAAUUUUAAGGGGCUGAAAAUUUGAAUUGACAUCAUUAAUCAAUGUUACGAUGACUAUAUUUAUUUCAAAGGAUGUCAUUCCAAAUUACCAACAAUCAGGAAUCGGUUAUUUUGCCUCCAGUUUAAACAAAAUAUUUUGCAUACUUAAUUUAUGUCUUUACGGAUAGACACGGAGAUUGCAGUAAAUGCACAUGGAUGUCAUAGAUUAUAACUAUUCUAGAUUAACUUAUUCAUGCGUUUUUACACUAUAAUAGAGAAUGAUGAUUUUAUACA